AUGCCACCCAGGGAAGCAGAUGAAGCUGGGAAGAAGCAUGGUCAUACUUCAGCUUCUGGGGACAGGAAGCCUAAAAGGAAGCCUAAGAGGAAGGAAAACUAUUCACUCUAUAUCUACAAAGUACUGAAGCAGGUGCAUCCGGACACUGGCAUCUCCUCUAAGGCCAUGAGCAUCAUGAACUCCUUCAUCAACGAUAUCUUUGAGCGGCUGGCCUCAGAGGCUUCACACCUGGCACAGUACACCUGCCGCUCCACCAUCACCAGCCGCGAGGUGCAGACGGCCGUGCGGCUCCUGCUGCCUGGUGAGCUGGCCAAGCAUGCCGUCUCCGAGGGCACCAAGGCCGUCACCAAGUACACCAGCAGCAAGUGACCGUCCGCGUCUCAAUAAAGCCCCUGUCCCGCACCGACCGCGUCUGGGCUCGCGCCGGGGGCUGUGCGGGGCUGAGGGGCCGGGGCGAGGUGCGGGUGGUCGCCGCGGGCGGGCGCCUGGCUCC